AUGUUGCGAGGACGUUUGUCGACGGUUGCCUUGGUCGUGACGAUGUCCAUGAUACUGUCGUGCUUCGGAUUUAUCCCAGAUCGUACAGCGUCUACUUCAGUGAAUAUCCCGGCUACCUGGAACGUGGCACCCUCGUUAGAGAUCGACCCGAAGGUGACGAUCGAUCGUGAUCCAAACGCGAGAACGGAACUGGUCAGCGAGCAGAAGAGUCUGCAAACUUUGACGACGAAAGAUUCGAAAGAUUCGAAGGACACGACGAGGAGCGUCGAGCAGACGAGUCCCGCGAACGCGAAUCGCGAGAAACGGUUCGAUUAUACGGUCGAGGGAACCGAUGCUCGUUUCUCGAAAUUGUCGGAGAAGGGAGAGAACGCGGAGAGCGAACACGUCGAGAACGUCGUUCCCCGAAACGUCGUCAUGAUCGUCGCUGAGCCCGGUGAAGAUCGGAAAGAUUUCUGGAAGAACUUCACGGCUUCGCAUCCGUUCCCCGUUGAAGCGACGCUUCAGAGUUGUAGUAACGCUGAAGCGACUAGGACGAGAUUCUCUUUGGACGAUGCGUUGAUUCCGGGGAACAGGGAUAAGAAUCGCGAUUGCGAGCACUUGCUGCGUUCGAACAUCGUCAGCUUGCUGUUCUGGGCCAGAGACGUGAAAGGAAUGACGACAGGAACGUUGUCGAACUGUACGUUCAGGAUCCCGUCGUUGUUCGGAUACGAAGAGUCCGUAGGAUUUUCGAAAGAGCUCGACGAGAUCGACGAGAACAACAUGAGACCGGAAGUUCGUAGACUCAAGCCGGAGAUCCGUGGGGACUGGCAUCUGAUCGAUUUAGGGAAACCUGUGAGCCGAGCUUCUUCCUUGGUCCCCGUGCAGAGUACCCGCGAGGACGAUGAGGCCGCCUGGAACGUCUUCGACGUGUUCUCCAAGAUAAGGCUGGUCCUCUUCCGGUCGCUCCUCGAGUCCCUCGGUGGUAACGCGGCGUCGGAAGAUUCGAUUCAGCCUCGCAGAUCAAAUUUGCUGGACAUGGUCGAGGAACUGAGGUCGAUCGGGAACGAGAAGGGUUUCAUAUUCGUCUCGUCGGUCUCCGGCAACGAACUCGAUUCCGCGUUGGAUCUUCUACGCCGCGAAGUGUCUCAGGAUACGCUGGUCGUGGUGACGGGGGUCUGCUCGCACGACGCCAAACCGGUGCCACUGUUGGCCCAAGGGCCGUCGGCCAAGACGCUUCGCGAGGCGUCCACCGUCUGGGACGUUCCUAACGCGAUCAAGAACAUCGUGGCGAACGGCUGCCAGGACGACAACUGCAAAUCUCGACGACACGACGUUCCUCCACCGGCCCCGUUGAAGAUCGUCCCGCGCACCGUGCCCGUGUUCAGACGAUCGUCACGAGACACUGUCCCUAAAUCAGACGCCGGGAAGAAGGCUACGUCGGCGAUUAAGGACGAAGUUAAGAAAGUCGCCGAUCUGGAUACAAAGCAGGACGAUGCUAAAAGUGUCGCCGAGUCGAAUGCAAAGAAGGAGGAAGGAGCAAAGAAUGAAGCGUCACCGAAAAUCGAAAAUCGAAACUCGGCGAAAUCUUUGGAAGCGGAAAGAUCAACCAUGCUCAUUGGAACGUUCGUUUCGAUGAUCGCCGCGUUCACCUUGACUUCCUAAACUCUAUUUUCCGAUUGCAACUUUUCAUUUUCUCUCGCGUCUCUACAAACUGUCUCCUGAAGUUCUAUGAUCUCUGUCAAAAUUGUAAUGAAUAAAUGCAUAUGACGAA